AACAGUCCGCUUCUCUUUCUUCUCAUUUCUCAACUGUGUAAAAUCAAUCGCAUUUGAUUUCCUUCUCAAGAUCUGAUCUUCUCCCCCCAGAUUCAAGCUUCAGAGAAUCAGAAAAUGGCGGCGGUUGGAGGACCCGACCCGUUGUUCGGAUUGAGGAACAACUUUUACUUGGGGGCGUACCAGGGCGCAAUCAACACCAGCGAAAUCCCUAAUCUCUCGCCCGACGACGCCGUUGAGAGGGACUGCCUCGUCCACCGAUCUUACAUUGCUCUCGGCAGUUAUCAGCUGGUGAUAAGUGAGAUUGAUUCCUCUGCGGCAACACCACUUCAGGCGGUGAAAUUAUUGGCUCUAUAUCUCUCCAGCCCUGACAACAAGGAAAAUGUAAUUUCAAGUCUCCAUGAGUGGUUGGCAGAUCCUGCAGUUGGAGGCAACCCCAUCUUACGACUUAUUGCCGGGACUAUAUUCAUGCACGAACAAGAUUAUAACGAAGCUUUGAAGCAUACACACGCGGGAGGAACUAUGGAGUUGCAUGCUUUAAAUGUCCAAAUAUUUCUUAAGAUGCACCGUUCAGAUUAUGCUGAGAAACAAUUGCGAGUCAUGCAAGGAGUAGAUGAAGACCACCCACUUACCCAACUUGCUAAUGCAUGGCUUAACUUGGCUGUGGGUGGUUCAAAGAUCCAGGAGGCAUAUCUUAUUUUCCAAGAUUUCUCAGAGAGGUAUGCAAUGACUAGCUUGGUUCUGAAUGGGAAGGCUGUUUGUUGCAUGCACAAGGGGGAAUUUGACGAGGCAGAGACCCUCCUGCUUGAGGCCCUAAACAGAGAUGCCAAGGAUCCAGAGACCCUUGCCAAUCUGGUUGUUUGUAGUCUUCACCUUGGUAAACCAGCAUCGCGCUACCUCAGCCAAUUGAAACUGUCACACCCAAACCACACUCUCGUCGUACGUGCAUCUGCAGCAGAGCAAAGUUUCGACAGAGCAGCCCAAACAGUCGCGUGAGCAGUGGAGCAGCUUCAACGCGAUUGCAUUAGUCUGUCGGUCAAAAGUACAUUUUUGGUGUAACACCUUGCGAAAAAAUUUGUGUGUGGAUGUCGUCAUUUGUUGAAUGGCUCUCUUUUUAUUUUGAAAAGGUCCAACAUAACUAUUACUCCAGAUGUUUGUUCGUUUGGCUGAGUACACUAUAUUGGAUAUCACGACUGCCACAUUUGAGCCUCGAGUUACCUACGUUUACAAUUAUAUUGCUAGAGAAACACUAUUGUUAUAAACUUCUGGGAUAUAUUUCUUGUUUCUUGAGUUGAA